GUGAGGAAGGUACAACGUGCUUACAAUAAUAAUACAACUGUCUUUCAGUAUUUCAGGUACCACCAUAAAUUUGACAGACUAUAUCGACUGGAAUACGUUGGAAAACGUGGUUGUCAUUUACCAUAAGCUCUUCUUUCGUGGGGACGUUACUGACAGCCGCAAGGACAUGAUGCCACUAAGGGAAUGUGUUGUCACCCAUCAUCUGGGCAGUCGGCGAGAGCGCUGAUCACGUCGCUAAUAUCCGCUCUGGAUCUAUAUUUUCCGUCUGGAACCUUUGCAUCUCUCAUAAACAUUCCCCCGAAGAAUCCUGUGACUCACUGCGCGCGCCGCAAGCGCAGGCAAGCCGCUGCAUCCCAAUCAACCAGAGCGGACUUAGCUCAUUGGCAUUACGGUCAUACUUUUCUGGAGCACUUUUUACUUCGAUAGGCAGCGCCGUAGCUCGUGUGCGUCGCUGAGACUGGUGGCUUUUUGCUGCACGGGGGGACGGAAUAAGGGUGACGCGCGGAAAACGGAAUUCCUGGGAUUUUUUAUAUAUUUUACUCAAACUGAUAGGUUACUAUUCGGAGAAAGGACGCGCUACGGCUGUUCUAUUUGAUGGAGUCCGGAUUGCGAUUAUGGCUCAAAUGAGACUGGGCGUUCAGUUGAAUUUAAAUUAGGUGUUCAGCACCAACGAUCGCUGCAAGAAAGAGAGAGAGAGAGAGAGAGUAAGAUAUAAAAAGGAGAGUCUACAGAGAGGAAAGAAGAGGACAUUUACGUAAAGCGCCAGAAUAAGUUAAUUCCACGAUGAACAGAACUGUUUGUUUGAUCAUGAGACAUCGCCAAUUUAGUGGACAAAUCAACAGGUCGGAGGUGUAAAAAACCCUACGAAAUCGUAAACGCUCUCGCGGAUUAGAGGGGAUGUAUCUGUCUAUUUUCUUUUUCUUUCUCCUGUGGGCUCGAGCCCUAACAUUGAAAAACUUGAAUUAUUCUGUUCCCGAAGAGCAAGGACCUGGAACGGUAAUCGGGAACAUUGCCAAAGAUGCUAAACUUGGACUCGGACAGGGAGGGCAGGGCAAGAAAUCCAACUUCAGGGUGUUGGAGAAUUCUGCCCCGCACCUCAUUGACGUGGAUCCAGAGAGCGGACUUCUCUACACCAAGCAGCGCAUCGACAGGGAGACACUGUGUCGGCGGAGCCCCAAGUGCCAGCUCUCAAUGGAAGUGUUUGCUAACGACAAAGAGAUCUGCAUGAUUAAAAUAGAUAUUCAAGACAUCAACGACAACUCGCCCACUUUUCCCUCGGAUCAGAUUGAUAUUGACAUUUCUGAAAAUGCAGCACCGGGCACGCGCUUUCCUCUGACAAGCGCGCACGACCCGGACGCGGGGGAGAACGGGCUGAAAACGUAUCAGAUCACACGAGACGACUACAAUCUAUUUUCUUUGGACGUUAAAUCCCGCGGGGACGGGACUAAAUUUCCCGAGUUAGUUAUUCAACGGCCACUAGACAGGGAAGAACGGAGCCACCAUACCCUAAUACUGACUGCCACCGACGGUGGCGAAUAUCCGAGAUCAGGGACAAUGCAAAUCAACGUAAAAGUUAUUGAUUCCAAUGACAACAGCCCCGUCUUCGAACAGCCCUCUUACGUUGUGGAAAUUCCUGAAAAUUCUCCCCCGGGAAAGGUAUUAAUUGAUUUGAACGCUACGGACCCAGAUGAAGGCAACAACGGACAGGUUGUGUACUCUUUCAGUGGCUACGCCCCUGAAAGGAUCCGGGAGCUAUUCUCCAUAGAUUCCAGAACAGGAGUCAUAAAGAUCCAGGGGGAGAUCGACUAUGAGGAGAACCCAAUUAUAGAGAUUGACGUGCAAGCUAAGGAUCUGGGCCCCAACCCCAUACCGGGCCAUUGUAAAGUCACUGUUAAGGUGCUGGACAGGAAUGACAAUUGGCCGUCGAUAGGCUUUGUGUCGGUGCGACAGGGGGCUAUCAGCGAGGCGGCCCCCCCAGGCACCGUCAUCGCUCUGGUGAGGGUCACGGACAAGGACUCUGGGAGGAACGGCCAGCUGCAGUGUCGGGUCCUGGGGAGCGUCCCCUUCAAGCUGGAGGAGAACUACGACAACUUCUACACUGUGGUGACCGACAGGCCUCUGGACCGAGAGAUGCAGGACGAGUACAACGUCACCAUCAUGGCCAAAGACAACGGCCUCCCGCCCCUCAACUCCACCAAGUCGUUCAGCGUCAAGAUCCUGGACGAGAACGACAACGUUCCCCGCUUCACCAAGGCCGUGUACCUGCUGCAGGUGCCUGAGAACAACAUCCCUGGGGAGUACCUGGGCUCGGUCCUGGCCCACGACCCCGACCUGGGCCAGAACGGCACCGUGUUCUACUCCAUCCUCAACUCCAACGUGAGCGGCGGCGACGUCAACACGUUCGUGAACGUCAACGCCGCCAACGGCGCCAUCUACGCCGUGCGCUCGUUCAACUACGAGCAGAUCAAGUAUUUCGACUUCAAGGUGCUGGCUCAGGACGCCGGCUCGCCGCACCUGGAGAGCAACACCACGGUGCGGGUCAGCGUGCUGGACGUCAACGAUAACAUCCCCGUCAUCGUGCUGCCCCUCCUGCAGAACGACACGGCCGAGAUCCACGUGCCGCGGAACGUGGGCGUGGGCUACGUGGUCACCACGGUGAGGGCGGUGGACAACGACUACGGCGAGAGCGGCCGGCUGACCUACGAGAUCUCCGACGGCAACGAGGCGCGGCUGUUCGAGAUGGACCCGGUGACGGGCGAGGUGCGGACCGCCAACCCCCUCUGGGAGGAGGUGAGCCCCGUGGUGGAGCUGAUCAUCAGGGUGAUGGAUCACGGGAAGCCAACUCUGACGGCGGCGGCGAGGCUGAUCGUCCGAGCGUACUCCGGCCCCCUUCCAGGGGGCGAGCCCCGGGUCAACGAGGAGCACCACAACUGGGACACGUCCCUGCCGCUCAUAGUGACUCUCAGCAUCAUCUCCAUCAUGCUGCUGGCCGCCAUGGUCACCAUCGCUGUCAAGUGCAAGCGGGAAAACAAGGAGAUCAGGACGUACAACUGCCGCAUCGCCGAGUACUCGCACCCGCAGCUGGGCAAGGGGAAGAAGAAGAAGAUCAACAAGAACGACAUCAUGCUGGUUCAGAGCGAGGUGGAGGAGCGAGACGCCAUGAACGUGAUGAACGUGGUGAGCAGCCCCUCGCUGGCCACGUCGCCCAUGUACUUCGACUACCAGACGCGCCUACCACUCAGCUCGCCCAGGUCAGAGGUCAUGUACCUCAAGCCCACCGCCAACAACCUUGGCGUGUCGCAGGGUCACGUGGGGUGUCACACCAGCUUCACCAGUCCCGUCACCAGCACCACGGACACGCCUAGCAACCGCAUGUCCAUCAUCCAGACAGACAGUUUCCCCGCCGAGCCCAAUUACAUGGGCAGCAGACAGCAGUUUGUUCAGAGCAGCUCCACAUUCAAGGACCCUGAGAGAGCCAGCCUUAGAGACAGUGGCCAUGGCGAUAGUGACCAGGCGGAUAGCGACCAAGACACCAAUAAAGGUUCUUGCUGCGACAUGUCGGCCAAAGAAGCCCUAAAGAUGAAGGCGACAGGCGUCAAACCCCCACCUCUUGAGCAGGAUGAAGACUGUGUCAACUGUACAGAGGAGUGUCGAGUCCUAGGCCACUCCGAUCGCUGCUGGAUGCCCCAGUUCCCGGCGGGGGGCAGCCAGGCGGAGGGGGUGGACUACCGCAACAACCUGUUCGUCCCCCCGGGCAUGGAGCCGGUCCCGGAGACCGAGACCUACGAGACCACCAACCCCAACGGCAAGAAGACCUUCUGCACCUUCGGCAAGGAGCGACGGGACCACACCAUCCUUGUGGCCAACGUCAAGCCCUACCUGAAGGCCAAGCGCGCCCUCAGCCCCCUCCUCCAGGAGGUUCCUUCCGCCUCCGGCAGCCCUGCCAAGACCGCCUCCUCCCCCUGCUCGGCCGUCAAGAGCCCCGCGGACGGCGCCGAGGGCAAGCCCCCCCAGGUGUCCUGUUCCGGCCACUACGGCCCCCCCGACGGACAGUACCUCUCCCCCAACAAACAGAGCAGGGAGUACCCACCCACCGACCCCGUGGCCAAGGUCCUGGCCGAGGCCCGGUCGCGGAUCAGCCAGGAGGCCGGCAUGGUGGUGGGCGGGGCCGCGGAGAUGGACUGCGUUCUGGAGCAUGCCGGGAACGGGGCAGAGAUGGGCCGGGAGGGCAUGGAUGCGGAUCAGGUGGUCAGGGACAUCGACAAACUCCUCCAGGAUUGUAGAGGAAGUGAGACGGCCACCCUCAGGAAGUGACACGUUGCGGGGAGGGGGAGAGAUCGAGGGGGGGUGAGUGUGAGGGGGAGAGGGGGCGCGCUCUGCCUCUCAGACUGCCACCAAAAUGGAAAAGAGAGAUCAAAAAGAGAACUCUUUGAGGAGCCAAUCUUGUUUGUUGAUUGUGUCGUUGAUGAACCUUGUACAUGAAAGGAGUUUGUGUGGACGCUUAGAUGCCGCUACUGUUGCGAAUCAUGACGACUAAAACCAGUAACGACUGCAGAUGACAGAACAGAGAUGAUGAGUAAACAGGGACAGCUGAACAGUCUGUCGACUAUUUGUUUUGACUCUCGUUUUGCGUUCUCGUGCCGUGGCAGAAGACGCCUGUCCCGGGUUCUCUAACAGCUUUUCUCCAAGUGGCCAGCAGCUCAUCUGUGUGUGUCGUCUGUCCAUCCAUCCGCCCUUCAGACCCCCCACACGUUCGCUUGAGCGUUCCCAGGGAGGGGGGGGGGUUGUUUGUUUCGUGUGUGUGUGCGCGCCGCUGCUAGCGUUCAAGCAGCCGCUCGGUUGUGACAAUCGGAGGUGCGAAGAGAACGGGCGACCGUUCCUGAGACUGGCGUCCGGGGGACGAGCGCAAAGACGACAAGAGACUUGGAACAUCUUCUAUCUUUUCUGACUUUGUAAUAUUGAUGUUUGAAGUGCAGAUGAGACUGUUAACAUCCAGAGAGGAUGGUCAGUCUGAGGAAAUGA